CACGAGCUUGUGGUUUGUACUUUGAAAAGAUACAAGAAGAUGGCAGAUGCAAUGACAACAGAAGCGCCCAAGGCGCCGGUGACACGCGAAAGGAAAAUCAGAGCAGACUUGGAAACGAAGCUCCCAAAGCCCUAUUUGGCUAGAGCGUUGGAAGCUACGGAUGCUGACCAACCGAAUGGAACGCCUGGACGUAAUAACAAUGGAAUGUCUGUUCUUCAACAACAUGUAGCAUUUUUUGAUCAAGACAACAAUGGAAUCAUUUACCCUUGGGAGACAUAUAGAGGUUUUCGUGCAAUUGGUUUCAAUCUGAUUCUCUCUUUUCUCUUGGCAAUUGGGACCCAUGGACUUUUGAGUUACCGAACACAGCCUGGUUGGUUGCCAUCUCCUCUUUUCACCAUUUAUAUUGAGAACAUACACAAAUCCAAGCAUGGAAGUGAUUCCGCAACAUAUGACACCGAAGGAAGGUUUAUGCCAGUGAACUUUGAGAACAUAUUCAGUAAAUAUGCAAAAACAGUGCCUGAUAAAUUAAGCUUCAAAGAGAUUUGGCAUAUGACUGAAGCAAACCGCGUUGCAAAUGAUUUCGUUGGCUGGUUUGCGGCAAAAGCAGAAUGGAUACUUCUAUACAUUCUUGCUAGAGAUCAUGAAGGAUUUCUGUCCAAAGAAGAUGCAAGACGGUGUUUUGAUGGAAGCUUGUUUGAUUAUCAUGCCAAAAUGAACAAGGGUGGGGACAGCAAGAGGAGUUGAAGCUGCAACCAUGAUCAGCACGAUAACAGGAUGUAAAAGUUGACAUAUUACUUUGUGACUUACACAUAUUUUAAAUGUUAAUGUUGCUAAUAAAAUUAUUUAAAUAUU